AAUACAAAAUCAAGAAUUUAUGGCAGCUCAAUUCCUCACCCUAAGCCCAUUCUCAUCAUCCCCAACCCCACUAACCCCAAGUCAAAUUCAACGCAGAAACUCAAUCCAUUUACCCAAAUCAACCCAACUAUUAUGUAUAAGGGCGAAAUCAUCACCAGUUUCAGUACCCUGGGAGGAGCAAAUUCCCCCAAACGCCAUUCUCCGGCGGCGCGACCCGUCGUGGCACGGCGGCUUCAGCCUAGGCCUUGACUUGGGACUGUCCCGCACCGGCGUUGCCGUCAGCAAAGGCUACUCAUUUCGCCCAUUAACGGUUCUUGAGUUAAGAGGGCAGAAGCUUGAACUCAGGCUUCUUGAGAUUGCUGAAAAAAAGGAAGUCGAUGAAUUUAUAAUUGGGCUUCCAAAGUCCAUUGAUGGGAAGGAGACAGUGCAGUCGAAUAAAGUUCGUAGCGUGGCCGGGAGGCUUGCUGUUCGAGCGGCCGAGAGGGGGUGGAGGGUGUACCUGCAAGACGAGCAUGGAACAUCUGCUGAGGCACUAAGCCAUAUGAUAGACGAGGGCGUCGGUAAAUCUGCUCGUCAUCGGAUGAUUGAUGCCUAUGCUGCUAUGAAGGUGCUCGAAAGAUACUUUUCUUCUUCGGGAAAAGGAGUUAUACUCGUGGUACCUAAGCAGGUGGAGCUCCAGAACCAGCUUCGAAUAGGUCCACCAAAGGAUGUCGAUUUCUUCCCAGAUUAAGGAUGGCAAUUCAAAUUGAUCAACAAUGCAAAGUGGAUCGAUACUGCAAAUGAAAGAAGGCCAACACCCACCGACACACACACACAAAAAAAGCCAUAUGUGAAAGUUCGUGGAAGACAAAAACAUUGGUGGAGCAAGAAUGGUUUAGAUCAAAUUGGUGGUUGGACUGUGGUGUGGUCUCUGCAAAUCAUAUAGCUCACGACAUUGCUAAGUGGGCUUUGAAGUCGAGCAACACGUUUAUGUGGUCUGGUCGGACUGUAUUCCAAUCCUUUUUUUCUUCUAUGUUCUGUAAGAACUUGAUGGUUUAAUGUGGUUAUGAAGCCUUUUAUAUCAAAGAAAAAAAAAAACUGUGGAUAAAGAAAACUUUAUGAUAGAAAAGGAAAUAUCAGUUGAUAAAUUUGGAUGGCCUAAGAAAUGAUGCUCUUAAAAGUUCAAAUGUUUUGUAAUAAGUGUUAGUUGCCCGAAGAAAUGCAUAAGAAUGUGAGAGCUUUUGGAAUAAUUUCAUCAAGUCUUAGAAUCUGCGUCAAACCCAUAAUAUAUAUAUACAACUCUUUAAGUUUGCC